CGCAUGCGCGUUACGCAGACAUGGCGGAAGUGGAGAUAGGGCAGCACUGCGGCGUAGAACACUGUGGGCAGUUGGAUUUUCUACCUUUUGUGUGUGAUAGCUGCUCCCAAGUUUUCUGUCUUCAGCAUAGAAGCCGGUCUGCUCAUGGUUGCUCCGAGGUAAACCUGAAAAGCGAGGAAGUGAAACCGGAUCAUCACAAAUCUUUCUUGUGCAUGUACAAAGAUUGUGAUGGGAAAGAACUUGUACCAGUACUGUGCUCGUUUUGUGAAAAGCAGUUUUGCUUAAGGCACCGUCAUCAGUCGGACCAUGAAUGUGAGAAACUGGAAACCCCUAAACCUCGCAUGGCUGUCACCCAACAACUUGUUAAAAAUAUUGUAGAUUCCAAGAAAGAAACCGUGGUGACAAAAAGAUGCAAAGGAGCCAAGAACGCCGAAACAGCAGCAAAAGUGGCCUUAAUGAAACUAAAAAUGCAUGCAUGCGGGGAUAAGUCCUUGCCACUGACUGAGAGAACCUACUUCCAAGUAUUUUUACCUAAAGGAAACAAGGAGAAAAGCAAGCCCAUGUUCUUUUGUAGUAAAUGGAGCAUUGGUAAAGUAAUUGACUCAGCAGCUUCCUUGGCAAACCUUAAAAAUGACAACAACAAAACCACGGCCAAGAAAUUAAGACUCUGCCACACAGCAUCUGGAGAAGCCUUACCUUUGGAUCACACCCUAGCAUCUUGGAUAAGCAACAAAGAAUAUCCACUCUAUAAUGGUGGAAAUGUUAUCUUAGAAUAUCUUGAUAAUGAAGCUCAGUUUUUAGAAGAUGCAAAUUUGUAUCUAGAAUAAUUGUA